CCACAUUUUUCACAUACAGGUCUGCUGGAUGCAUAUGGGAAACUUGUAGCUGCUGUUGUGUUGAGGUCUCCAAUAUUGAACGCUCACAGCUCCCCUGUGCCACCUCCUCCCUUCACUACAUACGCUGCUGGUCAGGGUUCCAGAAGUAUAUGAUGCCCAGAUAAAAUCUCUUGUGAAAGAAAAUGAAUAUUUUUCUCAAUGACCCACCAAGGGUGGAGGACAGAAGACAUAUGGCUGAGAUGAUAUUAAAUGUCACUCUAGAGAUCAUCUACCUGCUAAGUGGAGAGGAUUAUACACUAACAAGGAAGAUAUAUGAUGAGGUGGAAUGCAGCAGGAACCAGGCUUCAAUCAUGGUGUCACCCCCUCAUUCACUGAGUGUUGAUAGAAGCAAUGAAGAGAAGAUCCUAGGACUCGCCAACAAGAUCAUUAAUUUGGUGACUGGAGAGGUUCCUAUAAGGUGCCAGGAUGUCACUGUCUAUUUCUCCACGGAGGAGUGGGAGUAUUUAGAAGAACACAAGGAUCUGUAUGAGGACAUUUUAAUGGAGAACCACCAGUCCUUCACAUCAUCAGAUGGAUGCAGCAUGAUGAACGUACCAGAGGGAUUCUUCUAUCCUCUUAUUACAGAGGAAAAUGCCAAAAUGCUACAGGAUUAUCAGGCUGAAUAUAGGCCUUAUAUUGAGGAAGAAGCUUUACCUGUACAGGGAGAAAAAGAGAUGUAUGUGGGGAUCCACCAGCAAUUUAAGGAAGAGGAAAUGUCAACCGAUAACAGCACAGAUGACUUCACUAGAAACUUGGAGGGACACAUUUUAUCCCUGGAUUAUGAAUUAAAGUAUAACAAUAUCACAGAUGAUAAUUAUGAAGAACACACUUUGACUUCGAGGUCAACUUCAGUUCUUCACAGCAGAGCUCUCUCUACUGAUUCCAGUAAUAAUUCAUCUGAGCAAAUUCAGAAUUAUACAAAAGAUGUAAGUGGUAGUCAAUUUCAUAUAUAUUCAGAAUAUGGGAAAUAUGUUAACCAAAAUUCAAAUCUUGUUCAACAUCAAAGAGCCCACACAGAAGAGAAGCCAUUUUCAUGUUCAGAAUGUGAAAAACAUUUUGCAUCAAAGUCCCUUCUUCUUAAACAUCAAAGAACUCACCAAGGAGAGAAACUAUUUUCUUAUUCAAAAUGUGGAAAGUUUUGUGACAGUAAGUCAAUUCUUGUUGAUCACCAGAGAACUCACACAGGAAAGAACCAAUUUUUCUGUAGAGAAUGUGAGAAAUCUUUCACCAGGAAAUCAAGUCUUGUUGAGCAUGAGAGAAUUCAUACAGGGGAGAAGCCAUUUUCAUGUUUAGAAUGUGGAAAAUGUUUUUCUCUUCAUUCACUUCUACUUAAACAUCAAAGGACUCACACAGGGGAGAAGCCAUUUUCAUGUUUAGAAUGUGGGAAAUGUUUCACCAGGAAAUUUAGUCUUGUUGAGCAUCAAAGAAUUCACACAGGGGAGAAACCAUUUUCAUGCUUAGAAUGUGGAAAAUGUUUUACUGUGAAAUCCCUUCUCAUUAAACAUCAAAGAACUCAUACAGGGGAGAAACCAUUUUCAUGUUCAGAGUGUGGGAAAUGUUUCACCAGGAAAUGGAGUCUCAUUGAGCAUCAAAGUAUUCACUCCAGAGAGAAGCCAUUUUCCUGCUCAGAAUGCGGAAAAUGUUUUACUCUAAAAUCUCUUCUUCGUAAACAUCAAAGAACUCACACAGGACAGAUGUAUUUUGCCAGGAAAUCUCAUUUUGUUGAAUAUCAGAAAAGUUAUUUUAAUGUACAGGAUGUUAAAAAUGUUUCACCUGUAUGCAAAGUCUUGAACAUCAAAUAAUUCACACAAGAGAGAAACCAUUUUAAUGUAAAAAAAAUCGUCCCUCGCUAAAUAUGUGGUACAUGGUUCAAAAUGCAAACACAGUUUUACUGCCUGGGAUUCACAUUAACCAUUUCCCUUUUAUAGCACUGCCUUUUCAUAGCAUAAUGGAGUGUGUGACAACACAGAAGUGGCUUAGGGACAAUUCUGUAAAUGUCCUUCAAUGGCCCAGCCAGAGCCCUGACUUCAACCCAAGUGAACAUCUUUAGAGAAACCUGAACAUUUUUGUCCACCAACAGUCCCCAUACAUCCUGACUGAGCUUGAGAGGAUCUGCAGAGGACAAUGACAGAAAAUCCAGGUGUGCAAAACUUGUGGCAUCAUACUCAAGAAUACUGGAGGGUGUAAUCUGUGCCAAAGGUGUGUCAACUGCUGUGUAGAGUAGAGGGUCUGAACACUUAUGUUAAUAUAAUAUUUUAGUUUUUCCUUUUCAAUGAAGCAGCAAAGAUUUUGAACAUUUUGUUUUCACUUUGUCAUUAUGGGUUAUUGAGUGCAGAAUGAUGGGGGAAACUUGAAUUGGGUUUAUUUUAGCCACGAGGAUGCAACAUAACAAAACGUGGGAAAAAAAUGAAAAGGUGUGAAGACUUUCUGAAUGAAUUGUAUAUUGCACAGUUUAUGGUGUGAAAAUAGCUGUAUUUUCCAUCCCCUUCCCACAAGGAAAUAUACCUCAAACUAGUGCUACCAAAAAGUACAAUUCAUCUUACAAAAAAGGAACCCUCAUCUAGCUUUGAUGUAAAAAUAAGAAAGUUUCAGCUCUUGAAAUGCAUUAAAUAAAUUGCUUGGUCUUAAAGACCCAAAUUAGGGUGGUUCUAAAGGACUUAAAGGGGCAUUUUGAUGUGAUCAUAAAAUUGUUUGGAGAGGGCAAAAAUAAAAAAACUUUAAGUACUCGCCAGUCCCUCACCAUUGCUGUUGCUCUGAUCUCUGCUUCCCCCCACCAAAUGGUCUACCUGCUCAGCCAAUCACUAGCUACAGUGGGGACACGCCUCAAUCAGUGACUGGAUUAGUGAGCAGUCCACGCUGUUUCCACCACAUUGACACAGAGAAGAGGAAGUGGAGAGUAGCAGCCAAACAGCAGCAGCGUGGUAUUGGUAAGGUCAGCUCUCAAGGGUUUAUUUUUUCUCUCUGAUCCCAGUUUUAUUUAAAAUGAUCACAUCAGAGUAAUCUCAUCCCAGUAUCACAAAACAGACACAUCAGAGUCAUAAAGACAAAUUAAUUAAUUAAGGUAGCUGAAAAGCCAAACCCACAAGGAGUGCAACCACACAUUUUUAACAUCCAGUGCUUUCUGCAGGGGAGAAUGAAGAUUACUUUUUUUUAGCAUCAAAUUUUAGUUUGUAAAAUACUUCCUAUAUUUCAAACUGAUAGUUAACACCUAUUUCUGCCAAACCUGAGUAUAGCCUCCAUAUAACUUCAAAGGACAUGUCAGGGCAAAUUGUGUUCUGACUGGAUGCAUAUCUGUUAAUGUUUAAAUGAUGUUCCAUUUGAAAUAAAGGAACCCAAGCUUUUCUUACUAUUGCCUUCUGGCACCACUAGUGUGGUGCAUACGUAGUAGCACUUGUGUGCUAUCUUAGGGUAUUAAACCACUACAAGGGCAAGUAAUAUUCGCUCUUCACAAAGCCAUAUAGGCUAGAUCCAGUAGCCCAAAGAAAACAAUUCCCCAGUAACUGUAGGUUGGCAUUAGUUCAGCCUCGUCAUUUACAAGUAGUGUAUUUACAGUAUUUACAAAGUGUUCCAAAUGUAUAAAAAGCAACCUACUGUAAUAUGAGUGGCACUGGCUAGAACCAUCUUACCAGUGCCACCUAUUAGAAGUGGCCACUUAUAAGUUAACAUCUGACUUUCCAACAAGCCUUGGGAUUUGACAAGGGAAUAUAGCCAAGCCAGAUAUUGACUCAUAGGGAGCCACUUCCAAUAGGUGGCGCUGAUGAGAUGGUUCUCAUUCUUGGGAGAUACCUCUCUGCAAAUGUCUAGUCUAUUUCUAUUGUUAUGUAUUAUUAAAUUGUUUUAUACGUUAACCCUUGUAGGACCAGGCCAUUUUCCAUUUAUUAUUCCUGGCCUUGCCAGAGCCAUAACUUUUUAAUUUUUACGUUCAUGUAGCCAUAUGAGGGCUUGUUUUUUGCAGGACAAGUUGUACUUUCUAAUUGCAUUUAAUAUUGCAUAUGAUGUAUUGAGAAUCUGUAAAAAAAAUCUAAAUGGGGGUAAAUGGGGGUAAAACAAAAUUCCACUACAGUUUUAUGGGUUUUGUUUUGAAGCAUUCCCAACAAACCUGUUCCGUUAAUUCUCUGGGUCAGUACAAUUACAGAGAUACGACAUUUGUGUAGUUUUUCUUGUGUUUAAUAAAAACUAUGGAAAAAAACUGA